CAUUCUUACUUGUGCAUACUCUUGCAUCCCUCUUUAUUCGAAACUCUUGUUCAGUUCUUGAUAAUAGAUAAUAAUGGCCGGCGGCGGGGCUGUGAGCUCCGGCAACGGGAAAGCUUAUCCGGGAAAGCUUACUAAACGGGUUUUGGUGACAACCAUUGUUGCUGCUAUGGGCGGUUUGAUCUUCGGGUAUGACCUCGGUAUUUCAGGUGGAGUGACAUCUAUGGACUCGUUUUUGGAGAAGUUCUUCCCAUCUGUGUACCGGAAGCAGAAAGCGGAUAAUUCCACCAAUCAGUACUGCAAAUUUGAUAGCCAGACACUGACACUGUUCACAUCAUCACUGUACGUAGCUGCCCUGUUAUCCUCACUCGUGGCUUCAUGGGUCACGUGGAGACUAGGUCGAAGGCGGUCUAUGCUUGUUGGUGGUACUCUGUUCUGUGCUGGUGCAUUAAUAAAUGGAUUUGCUCAGAAUAUUGCCAUGCUUAUUGUUGGUAGGCUUUUGCUCGGUUUUGGUAUUGGCUUCGGAAAUCAGGCAGUACCACUUUACCUGUCCGAGAUGGCACCCUACAAGUACAGAGGAGCCCUGAACUUCUGCUUUCAAUUAUCAAUCACCGCAGGCAUCCUUAUAGCCAAUCUCUUGAACUAUUGGUUUGUUAAGAUCGAGGGUGGUUGGGGAUGGCGCUUGAGCUUAGGAGGAGCAGUUGUGCCUGCACUGAUCAUGAUAGUCGGAUCAUGGUUUCUCCCUGAAACUCCUAAUUCACUCAUCGAAAAUGGCAAAAAAGAUGAGGCUAGAGCAGAACUACUGAAAAUCCGUGGAGUUGAUAAUGUUGAUGAGGAGUUUAAAGAUCUUGUUGCAGCCAGUGAAGCAUCAAAGAAAGUGGAGCAUCCGUGGAGAAACCUCUUCCAACGAAAGUAUAGGCCACACCUUGUAAUGGCUCUACUCAUUCCAUUCUUUCAACAGAUCACAGGCAUUAAUGUUAUUAUGUUCUACGCCCCGGUUUUGUUCAAGACUAUUGGUUUUGGGGGCACCGCGUCUCUUAUGUCUGCUGUGAUCACUGGUUUAGUCAAUGUGGUUGCAACUGUUGUGGCUAUUUAUCUGGUUGAUAAGCUGGGACGGAAGUUUCUUUUCAUUGAAGGAGGGAUUCAGAUGAUUGCUUCUCAGGUUGCUGUUGCGAUUCUCAUCGGCUUAAAAUUCGGAACAUCUGGCAACACUAGUAAUUUACCAGAGUGGUAUGCUAUCGUUGUGGUUCUUUUCAUAUGCGUAUAUGUGGCUGGAUUUGCGUGGUCUUGGGGUCCUCUAGGAUGGUUAGUACCAAGUGAGAUUUUCCCACUCGAAAUCCGAUCAGCGGCGCAAAGUAUCACGGUUUCAGUGAACAUGUUCUUCACAUUCAUCAUAGCUCAACUCUUCUUGAUGAUGCUCUGCCUGAUGAAGUUUUGGCUUUUCAUCUUCUUCUCAUUCUUCGUGGUAGUAAUGACUCUGUUCGUGAUCUUCUUACUGCCCGAGACCAAAGGCAUUCCUAUCGAAGAGAUGGCAAUUGUAUGGAAGUCGCAUUGGUUCUGGAAAAGGUUCGUGGCUGAUGGUGUUGACAUGGAGAUGGCUAAAGGAGGCUCGAGGGUUAACACAAUUUAAGUUCCGAUAAAUUAGUUAGUUUUACCUUAAGUUGUUAUCUGGAUAUUCUAUAGAGUUAUAGACUUGCAAACUGGAAUGUUGUUUAGAAGUUUUUUUUUUUGUUUACGUUAUUGUCUUAAUUUGCCGUGCAUU